GUGGUUAAUAAAUAAUUGAUGCAAAGACAUUUGUUAAUUAAUCGAAAAUUCUUCCAGAUUCUUUUAAAUUCAAAGCAAUCGACUUAUCAGUAGAAUAAAACAACUUUAUUUAAUUGCAAAGGAUUGGAUAAUAAUUUUUGUUUAAUAUUUGAGUCAUGUUUAAAAGUGUCCGAAAUUUUAUAUCUAAUCAUAGACGUAAAUUUUUGUUUGGUGGAGUAUUUUUUGGUACUUUAAUUGUAUUAGCUAGAUAUGCUCGAGGUAAACUCAGAGAAUGGCAAGAAAAAGAACUUAAUGAUUUGUUAGAGAGAAAUAGACGAAGACAACAUUUUGAGAAUACGGAGAGAACUUGUAAUCAGACUGUGCUACUGCUAUCUAAUGAAUUAAGGACUGCGAUUACUAAAUGCCUCGACUGUGAAAAAGUUGUUAAUGAUUUGCGUUCGGGUACCACGGAUAAAAUUUCAUCAUGGAACAGAUUGAAAAUUCUUGCUAUAUCAAGAACAGUAACGAUAAUAUAUUCUUAUACUAUGUUUGUUAUUACUUUAAGAAUACAAUUCAACAUUAUUGCUGCAGCUAUUUAUAAGAAUUCGAUAGCCGCUAAUUCACAAAAUGUCGAAAACAUAGACAAUAAAGUUAAAGAGAGUUAUCUGUCACUAACUAGAUAUUUAAUUGAAACCGGAAUACAAAAGCUUUCAUCGUUAAUUCAGCAGAAAGUCAAAUGUGCCACGUCUUAUUAUUCUCUCGGAUGUAAAUUGGAUGCUCAACACAUUAAUCAGAUCUACUGGUCAAUACUAUCAUUGGUAUCGGCUGACGAGAGCGAGGAUCCAGUGAAAAAUUGGUCCUCUUAUAUAAUUGAUCCGGAAUUCACCAAGAACAAUCAGACGGAUAAAACACUCGUUAAAUUGCUCGAUGAUACUUUGGAUUUAUUAGAGAGUCAAGAGGUUCAAGAAUUAAUGAAAAUAAACUUGAGAUAUGGAUUUGCCACAUUGUGCGAUAGAAUAUCCGAGUAUUUGGAUGCGAACGAGGGGGAAGCUGUGAAAGAUGAUAAACUUGUAAAUUUAAAAUCAGUAACAAUAACAGUGGCUAAAAUAAUACCGAUAUUAAAUGGUCAGGUGCCAGAGAAUCCUACAUCCGGUGAUUUGCCAACCUAUUGGUUGCAGAGACUAUUGCUAAGCGAAGAACUAGGAACUUUAGGGGCAAAUAUUUACGAAGCUAUUGGCUAUUAAAUUUUGAACAAUUUAU